CGCGUCAGUUGUUAUUUGGUCGUUGUGAAAUACGGAAUCAAAAGUGUUCCGCUGAAAAAAUCGACGCCGAUAAGAUUAUUUAUUGAAAUUUGAGUCAUUAUUUAUGUUAUUUUAGAAAAGCUUGCAUUUCAUAUCAAAUCAAGAUAAACAAAAAGAAAGAGUUGACAUCAUCGAGCACAAAAAAUGGAAAAAAUCGCUGUAGGAAUCGAUUUAGGCACAACAUAUUCCGCUGUCGCUGUUUAUCGCAAUGGAAAAUCUGAGAUCAUCCAGAACGAUCAAGGGAAUCGAACAACGCCUUCGGUUGUUGCUUUUACAUCGACUCAGCGACUUGUGGGCGAGGCAGCUGCAUUUCAAGCAGCAAACAAUCCGGAAAACACGAUUUAUGGCGUCAAACGUUUAAUGGGACGCAAUAUGGAUGAUCCGGCAAUCCAGCAAGACAUCAAAUCAUGGCCCUUUUGUGUUAUGCAGGAAAAUAACAUGGUCAAGCUCGAUGUCAAGCACAAAGGAGAGCGCAAACGUCUCGUUCCGGAGCAAAUUUCCGCUGCAAUUUUGGAAAAAAUGAAGGAAACGGCUGAAAGUUUUUUGGGAACUGAGGUUAAGGACGUUGUUGUUACUUGUCCCGCUUAUUUCAAUAAUUCACAACGCCAAGCCACAAAGGAUGCCGCUCAAAUUGCCGGAUUGAACGUUUUGCGGAUGAUCAAUGAGCCAACAGCUGCUGCUAUUGCUUAUGGAUUGAACGUCAAUCAUACUGGACGGAAGAAUAUCCUCAUUUUCGACUUUGGCGGCGGAACUUUUGAUGUUACAAUUUUGACGAUCAAGGACAAAGAUUACAAAGUUCGUGCUACAAACGGUGACACGCAUCUCGGGGGCGAGGAUUUUGAUCAACGCAUGGUUGAACAUUUUGUGUCGGAGUUCAAACGGAAGAAUAAUCGAGAUAUCAGCAGCGACAAAGGCUUGAUGCGGAAUUUAAAGACUCAUUGUGAAAGAGCGAAAAAAAUUUUGUCGGUAGCAACAAAAGCGGAAUUCGUUCUCGAAGGAACUGAUUUGGUUGGAAGUCUGUCUCGUGCUCGGUUCGAGGAUAUGAACGAAGAUUUGUUCGAAAAAGCGAUCAAACUGGUUGGCGAAACCUUGCGAGAUGCGGAAAUGAGCAAGAACGAAAUUGAUGAGGUCGUUUUGGUUGGAGGUAGUUCUCGCAUUCCGAAAAUUCAGGAAAUGUUGUCGGAAUUCUUCGAUGGCAAAGCGUUGAGUCAAAAAAUUAAUCCGGAUGAAGCGGUUGCUUUGGGUGCUGCUGUUCAAGCGGCAUUGCUGCAAGAAAAUGUUGAAAAGCAAUUGAAAGGAUUGAAAAUGUGCGAUGUUUGUCCCUUAUCUUUGGGAUCUGAAGUCCGUGACGGAAGUGUAUCAGUGAUUAUCAAGCGAAAUUCGCCUAUUCCCAUUAAGAGUUCUAAGAAUUUCGUUACAUGUCAUGAUUAUCAAGAAUCAGCUAGCGUUAGAAUUUUUGAAGGAGAACGUCUCAUGUCCAAAGACAACAACUUUUUGGGUGAAUUUACGGUAUCAGGAAUUCCUCCAAUGUUACGAGGUCAAGCUAAGAUAGAAAAUGUCUAUGAAAUCGACGAGAAUGGCAUCUUAAAAGUUACAGCUGUUACUGCUGGAAGCUCAAAAAGCAUUACAAUCACUAACAAAUCUCGUUUAAGCAAAGAUGAUGCCACUCGUCUUGCUGUUGAAGCUGCAAAAUUCAAGGAAGAAGACAAGAUGCACGAAGAACGUUUGAAAGCUUACAAUUCCUUUGAGCGCUAUUUGUACGAUAUCAGACGCAAAAUUACUUCAUUGGCGACGGAAUCAAAGCAGAAAAAAGCAAAAGGGAUCGUUGGUGACUUUUCAAAGUGGUUGGAGGACCAUCCGUUGGCUUCGAAGGAAGAAUUUGAGAAGAAGGAACAUGACUUGAGAGAAUAUUGGCAUCAAAUUCAGUAAAUUUAUUAUUUUUUUCUCUUUUCUUAGAAACUUUUUACAAGAAAUAAAUUAAUCAUAACAGAAAUUAA